AUGAUGAUGAUGAUGUGUGCGAACAGUGCGAGUACCACUGGACACGGCGCGCACGUUAGGCGCACGAAUACUACUCACACGAACGCGAGGAAACAACUGUUUCAGAGGCGAAACUGUUUCACUUCUUCCGGCAAGUGCGGUAACAACAACGGGCGAAGAUUGGCGACGAUUGUCAAAGCGGGUUGGGGAAAAAAGAAAGAAACGAUCGAACAAUCAUCAUCAUCAUCGAAUCCAGCGCUGAGUAUUCCGCAGCAAACGACGGGAGGAGGAGGAGAGCAGCAACAGUAUUACCCGCCGAUGCCACCGGCACCACCGCAGUACCAACCAGUUCCGGUUCAAUAUCAGCAACAACAACAAUCGUCUUCUUUACCACCCGUUGCGUCGGAGUUAGCGCCAGGGGAUGCGAAUCAGACGGCGGCGGUGCAGCAGGUGGUACCGCAGCGGCAAUACUACGCGCCGCCACCUCCGGUGAAAGAGAAAGGAUCCAUCCCACCGUUCUUGUACGUCGGAUUAGGCGUCGCGUUGGCGGUGAUUGUCCCGAAAUUUUUAGCCGGGAAGAAGCAAGACAUGCAGUCGAUGAUGAUGCAACAGAUGAUGAAGCAGUUUACGAGUCAAGCGGGCGGGAUGCCGGGGGGGAUGCCGGGAGGGAUGCCGGGGAUGCCGGGGGGGAUGCCGGGGAUGCCGGGUAGUGGGGACGCGUUCCCGCCAUUUCCGGGAAUGCAACAACCACCGCCACCGCCAAAACCGGCGGCGACGACGCAAAGGUAUACGGAUACGACGGCGACGCCGGUGACGACGCCGCCGCCGAGUUCUAGUUCUAGCGCCGCUUCGACGCCGUCUUCUUCCAAGAGAGGUUCGGCGACGAAGACUGUGGAUACGGUAUCUGAUAUUGAAGAAGAGAAAGCAGAAGAGCCGGAGUUGACCUGGGUCGGUGAGUCUUCUUCUUCUUCUUCUUCUUCGACGCAAGAGGCGCCGAAGAAAUCGUUUUUCGAAGACACCGUGGAAACGGAAGCUAGCACGUCCUCGAGUAGCAGCAGUCCAUUCCAAGACGCCGCCGAUAUGCCGGACGAGGAAGACGACGAAGCGUCUUUAGAGUACAUGAAAAACAUGAUUCGCAAUCCGGAAAUGCAAAAGUUGAUGUACCCGUACCUCCCGGAGUUCAUGCGCAACUCAGAAACGUUCGAGAUGCUCUUGAACAACCCGCAAUACAAGGAUCAACUUAAAGGUAUCAUGAAAUCUAUGAAAUCCAGCGGUGCGAUGCCAGGUGCUGGUAUGGGCGGCAUGGGUGGCGGUGCAAUGCCGGACAUUAACUCGCCGGAGGUGCAAGAGCAAUUCGCGCAAAUGGGCAUGAAACCUGAAGACGUGUUGACGCAAAUCAUGCAAGAUCCAGAGUUGGCGAGCGCGUUUCAAAACCCGAAAGUGCAAGCGGCGGUGAUGGAUUGCUCGGCGAACCCGAUGAACAUUACGAAAUACCAAAACGAUCCGGAAGUUAUGAAGACGUUUGAAAAGUUAGCAAGUUUGUUCCCUCAAGCCGGAGGAGGUGCGCCGCCGCCGGGUAUGUUCUAA